CGAAAAUUUUGAAAUUCUCCUCUUCUUCGCAGAGCAAGAAGCCAACCUGCGAGCACACACAGAGACGCACGGAACUUCAUCGCCGAUCGUCGCGCUCCGUCGCCGAAGAUGCUUUCGUCUCUCAAAGCCGAGGAGCAGAGCCAGCUGCAGAUCGUGGAGAGAGAAGACGUCGGCGGCGACGAGGAAGACCUUUUCGAAACGAUCGACAAGCUUAUAUCUCAGGGAAUCAAUGCUGGAGAUGUGAAAAAGUUGCAGGAUGCAGGAAUCUACACUUGCAAUGGCUUGAUGAUGCACACGAAGAAGCACUUAACUGGAAUCAAAGGUUUGUCUGAGGCAAAAGUUGACAAGAUAUGCGAAGCAGCUGAAAAGAUAGUGAAUUUUGGCUAUAUUACUGGAAGUGACGCUCUGCUCAAAAGGAAGUCAGUUGUUCGCAUCACAACUGGAAGCCAAGCCCUCGAUGAGCUAUUAUGCGGUGGUAUUGAAACUCUGGCAAUUACAGAAGCAUUUGGCGAAUUUCGGUCUGGGAAAACACAACUUGCACAUACCCUGUGUGUUACUACUCAGCUGCCAACUCACAUGAGAGGAGGAAAUGGCAAGGUAGCUUAUAUCGACACAGAAGGAACUUUUCGUCCUGAUCGAAUAGUACCAAUUGCCGAGAGAUUUGGCAUGGAUCCUGGUGCAGUCCUAGAUAAUAUCAUUUAUGCCCGUGCCUAUACUUAUGAGCAUCAAUACAACUUGCUUCUUGGUUUGGCUGCCAAAAUGUCUGAAGAACCAUUUAGGUUGCUGAUUGUGGAUUCAGUGAUCGCUCUCUUCCGAGUGGAUUUUACUGGAAGAGGAGAACUUGCAGAGCGCCAGCAAAAAUUGGCGCAAAUGCUUGCACGUUUAAUUAAGAUAGCUGAGGAAUUUAACGUUGCAGUCUACAUGACCAACCAAGUCGUAGCUGAUCCAGGUGGUGGCGUAUUCAUAUCAGACCCAAAGAAACCCGCAGGUGGGCAUGUUCUGGCUCAUGCAGCCACAAUUAGGUUGAUGUUUAGGAAAGGCAAAGGUGAGCAGCGUGUUUGCAAGGUGUUUGAUGCCCCAAACCUACCUGAAGCUGAAGCUAUAUCCUUUUUGACCGGAUCUUCGUCUAGCUAUACACUUUAUUCUAUUGAAAUUUACUAGAUUAUACUGCAGAAACCAAAUGAAAUAUCUAAAUUUCUAUAUCAAAAUCGGAGAGAAAAUCGAUACUAAGUCUACAUAUGGAUAGGUGGAGACCAGAUUUUAUGGAUGAUACUUACAGUAUACUUGAUGUUGCUUGGAGACUUAGUAUCUUGUGCGGAGGAAUUAAACAAAAAAAAGAUGAUAUUGAGAAUUCCUCUGAGCAGGACUGGUAGAUUAGCUGCACAGCCGAUGCUAUGUACAGAACACACAUCUGUCAAUAUCUUUGCUUGAUUUCCUCAGAAACUUUACCAAGAGCUCGCCAUGUCAAUAAGGGAAGACUGAGAUUUGUUACAUGUGUGUUAAACUUAACAAACACACGUUUUUCAGAUAACACCAGGAGGCAUAGCUGAUGCAAAGGACUAAAAGAGGUCUCUGCAACCAGAAAAAUAAGGCCAGGCUAAGUGCCUUCUCUGUUAUCCGCACUUUGACAUUAGUUAUGGUAUUGACAGCUUCCUCUAUCUUCUUUCAUAUUAAGUCUGUAUCGGCACGAGUCAAGUUCCCGUUGACAGCUUAACUUGACUGCCGCUCUAGCCUUAACAUCAAACAUUCUUUCAUUGUCUGUUACUAAAGUUCAUAUGACCCUUCAUAAGGCGUUGUGCUAACUCAAUUUCUAUAUGGGAACUAGCAUGCUCCAAGUUAUUUUGGUCUAAA